AUGACGAAUGCUGUAAUAGAUGGUUCGCCCGUAAAGAUGAUACUUGUCACGGGUGGCGUUAUUAGUGGUGUUGGCAAGGGUAUCAUCUCAUCGAGUUUAGGAGUGCUACUCAAGGCUCAUGGAUUUCACGUUUCGAUCAUUAAAAUCGACCCAUAUAUCAACCUGGAUGCUGGAACAUUUUCGCCAUUCGAGCAUGGUGAAGUUUUUGUGUUGGAUGAUGGAGGUGAAGUGGACGUUGAUCUCGGAAAUUAUGAACGAUUUUUAAAUGUUCGAUUAACGAGUGAUAACAGUAUCACAACUGGGAAAAUCUAUAAGCAUGUUAUUGAGCGUGAAAGGAGAGGCGAUUAUUUGGGCAAAACAGUUCAAACAAUCCCACACGUUACUGGAGCUAUAUCAGAAUGGGUGCAGAGAGUUGCAGCAAUACCUGUUGACGGUACAAAUCAUCGUCCUGACGUGUGUAUAAUUGAACUUGGUGGUACUAUUGGGGAUAUCGAAGGGAUGCCAUAUAUAGCUGCCUUUGAACGGUUCCAAAGACCUGCAUUUCGUGACCAUUUAAUGACCGUGCAUGUUUCCCUGAUUCUGGACCCAAAAAGUACAGGCGAGCCAAAAACAAAACCGAUGCAAAAUAGCAUUAGAAAUUUGCGAGCAAGUGGCCUUAUACCUGAUCUUCUUGUAUGUAGAAGUGAAAAACCUUUAAGCGAUAGCUUGCGAGUAAAAAUUGCAAACUUCGCUAUUGUUGAACCGGAGCAGGUAAUUGGAGUGCACGAUGUUUCAAAUAUUUAUAAGGUGCCAUUGUUGCUACAUCAACAAAAUGCUCUCGAAAUAAUUAUGAGCAGAUUGAAAUUAUCAGGUCAUUGUAACGGAACAGAUCUCUUGUCUAUGCCCAAUAUGUUUCAGUGGACUCAUCUUUCCAAUUUGUGCGAUAAAUAUGAAGAGGAAGUGCUCAUUGCAAUGGUUGGAAAAUAUGUACAAAUUGUUGAUGCCUACGCUUCAGUAAAUAAAGCUUUACGACAUUCAGCUAUACAUGCAAGAAGAAAAAUUAUUAUUGAUUACAUCGAUUCGGAAAAUUUAAUCCAAUCCAGUUCUUCAAUUACUGAUUAUACUGAAGCAUGGACGCGUUUAAAGAGAGCAGAUGGUAUAGUAGUCCCCGGUGGAUUUGGUCAACGUGGAAUGGAAGGUAAAAUAGCUGCAUGCAAAUAUGCCAGAGAAAAUAAAAUACCAUUUUUAGGGAUAUGCUUGGGUAUGCAAUGUGCUGCUAUCGAAUUUGCAAGGAAUGUUUGCGGAAUCAAAGGUGCGAAUUCUACUGAAAUUGACAAAGAACUUCAAGGUGAACAAAAAAUUGUGAUUGAGAUGCCAGAACAUAACGAUCCUGAAAAAGGAAUGGGUGGCACAAUGCGUCUCGGCUUAAGACAAAGCAUAUUUCUCACCAGUCGAUCUAUUUUAAGGAAAUUGUAUCGUUCCAAAAUAGUUUCUGAACGUCAUCGACAUCGCUACGAAAUUAACCCGGAUAUUGUGGGGAAACUAUGUGGUGCGGGAUUGCUUUUUGUCGCUAUGGGAAUUGAUGAAAAACCUGCACACAGCUCAGUUUAUGAAUGCAGAGGUGUUGCAUUUGAACAAGAAAAUGGGAAUGAUGAGUCAAACUCUAAUGAAAAUGAAUAUAAAAACAUAAAGGCUAGUGGAUAUUUAAUCAAAGAAAUAAAUACAUUCUAUCAGCAAAAGUCUUUCGAUUCUUCCCAUACUAAACUUCGAAUGGAAAUGUUCGAAUUAGAAGGGCAUCCGUAUUACGUUGGUGUUCAAUUUCAUCCCGAAUAUUUGUCGCAUCCACUUAAACCGAGUCCACCAUUUUUUGGUUUGGUUUGCGCUGCUUCCGGGCAGUUGAAUAAUCUUAUCGAAGGCAUAAAGAUUCCAUCACCGAUGAAUAUUCUAAUAUCAGCCGAAAAAUAUGGCGUAUGCGGUUCACCAGAAGGAAUUCGGGCAACACAUAGUUUCGUUAAUAAAAAUACUGAACCAUUUUGA